AAAAUCCAGCAAUGGGAGAAUCCCGUCAAGAACUCAUCGGAUGGCUUAACCAGCUCCUCCACCUCCAACUGACCAAGGUCGAGCAGUGCGGUACCGGUGCGCCGCUUUGUCAGGUUUUCGACUCGAUUUAUGGGGAUGUGCCGAUGGCGAGAGUGAAGUUCGACUGUAAUGCCGAAUACCAGUACCUAGCAAACUUCAAAAUCCUCCAAAACACCUUUGCAAAACACGGCAUCACCCAAGGCCUCCCAGUCGAGCGACUCGUCAAGUGCAAGUUCCAGGAUAACCUCGAGUUUUUGCAGUGGGUUAAGCGGUAUUGGGAUGCGUAUUAUCCUGGGGGCGAGUAUGACGCUGUUGGACGAAGAGCGGGGAAGCCUGGGGGUGUGUUGGCUCCUGUUGGUGGUGGGCGCUCGGUUGGGGGUGGAACGAGACGGGUUCCGUCGUCUGCGGCGUCUAGACCUACCGCGAGCGGCACCCGCGCACCAUCCUCGACCUCCACCGCUCGCGCACCUUCAGCGACAUCAACCACCGCCGCCUCCACCGCCGCCCUCCAAAAAGCCCAAUCAGAAGUAAGGACAUUGACAUCCCAACUUGCCGAAUCCCACGACCUCAUCGCCUCCCUCGAACGCGAACGCGACUUCUAUUUCGGUAAACUCCGGGAUAUCGAGGUUCUCGUGCAAGAAUACGCCGCGACUGUGCGGCCGGAGGAAGCGCCGGAAGUGACGACGUUGGUGGGGAAGGUACAGGGGAUUUUGUAUGAGACGGAGGAGGGGUUUGAGGCGCCGGAGACGGAGGAGGAGGGGCUUGUGGAGGGGGUUGAAGGGGUUGCGAUUGAUGAGAAUGGGGCGGCGUAUGCGGAAGAGGAUUUGGAAACUUUCUGAGCGGGGUGAGGGGGUGAGAGGAGGAGGGAAGGGUAUGGACUGUUACUGUGGCUUCGGGGCUUUGAUCACUUUGACAAAGUUCUGUCAAUUGCAUGCAUAAUCAACACCAACACAACCUUUUUCCGUGACCUUGUGGCCGGGU